CUUAAAGUUAGUUACGGGGGGAUUUUGCGUCUCAGUAAGAGGGUGCGGGGGUCCGGAACCGGGGCACCCACCUGCCCGCAGCCCGGCUGGUAAGCGGUGUACUCAGAUGUCGUAGCCUCGUAACCUUCUCUCCAGAAUCAACAGUUACACCAACUUAAAAUAAGAUUUGAAAUAAUGCCUUCCCUACUACUUCUGUAUGUCCGAGUUCAUACGCAUGUGAAGCACUGAUACUGGUGGAGGCUGCGGGCAGUGGCAGGAUGGAGCAGGCACUAGGACUUGGUUUGCCCACUGAGCUGGCAGUACCCAUAUUGAUCUCCUGGGACAGAGCAUCCUAAAGAGGGGAAGAGGCCGCAGCAAAGUCCAGGAGCAUACCUGGAGGCUGUUUCUAAAACCUGCAGAGAGUUGCUGAGCUUUGGUUUCUAGGAAAUAGAAUGAAGAGACACAAGUGGUCCUACAAAUGUCCCUCACGAAGGAAGAUCUUGAUUCUGUGUGUUACUGGGUGGCUGAUUGCACUGCUGAAGCUCCUCCAUGUCGAAAGACACUUUUUUCCCUCUAGAGGCAUUUACUUAGUUGAGCACUUUUUGAGCACUUCUUCUUAUGUUAGAAACAGAUAUUCAUACCCUAGAAAUGAGUUCCAGUAUGAUAUUAAUUGUUCAUCUAUAUAUGAACAAGAUCCUCAUGAAAUUGGCAAGAGUUUAGAGAUAAGAAGAAAAGAAAUAGUUGAUUUAGCUGAUGAAGAUGUUGUAGCAAUGACAAGUGACUGUCAUGUGUAUCGUUCACUUAGGAAAUACCAGCUAAAACCUGUUUCUCCAGAGGAGGAGAGUUUUCCGAUUGCCUAUUCUUUGGUUGUUCACAAAGAUGCAGCAAUGGUAGAAAGGCUCAUACAUUCAUUGUACAGUCAUCAAAAUAUUUACUGUAUCCAUUAUGAUCAAAAAGCAGCAAAAAGCUUCAAAUCUGCUUUGAACAAUCUAGCUAAAUGUUUCCCAAAUAUUUUCAUUGCAUCAAAAUUGGAGACCGUGGACUACGCACAUAUUUCACGUCUGCAAGCAGAUUUCAAUUGUUUGUCUGAUUUGAUGGACUCUGCAGUUCCUUGGAAGUAUGUUAUCAAUUUGUGUGGCCAAGAUUUCCCUUUGAGAUCAAAUUUUGAACUGGUCGCUGAACUGAAGAAACUCAGUGGAGGAAACAUGCUGGAAACUUCAAAGCCAAGCAGUAGCAAAAGAGAACGAUUUACUUAUCAUUAUGAACUUAUGAAAGUGCCUUAUGAGUACAUGCAGAUGCCUGUAAAAACCAACAUUUCCAAGAAUCCGCCACCUCAUGAUAUUGAGAUAUUUGUAGGCAGUGCCUAUUUUGUUUUAAGCCGAGAAUUUAUUCAGUAUACCCUUGAAAGCUCACUUGCAAAAGAUUUUUUUGAGUGGUCGAGGGACACAUACUCUCCAGAUGAACAUUUCUGGGCCACUCUUGUACGUGUCCCUGGGGUCCCUGGGGAAGUUCCAAGGUCAUCCCAGGAUGUAACAGACUUACAAAGCAAAACUCGUCUGGUGAAAUGGAAUUAUCUUGAAGACUAUUUGUAUCCUCCAUGCACUGGUACCCACCUUCGCAGUGUCUGCAUCUAUGGGGCCGGAGAAUUAAGGUGGCUUCUGAAUUACGGACACUGGUUUGCCAACAAGAUUGACUCCAAAGUAGAUCCUGUCCUGGUAAAGUGCUUGGCAGAAAAGGUGGCAGAACAACAGAAGGAGUGGGUACAUUUGUCCUCUGAUGAGCACUUUCUGCACUUAAGUUCUACGAAUGCCUUGACAUAGCAGUGCUGUGUUCUCUGCUGUCCCUGCUGUGUGCACAGCACCUGCAGUCCUGCUGCCUUGACCUGCUGCACGAUGGCAGUGAGGGAAAAGUCCAUUCUGGAUAAUGCCCGGGGCCCUGCAGAGCCAGGUGCCUGGCUAGUUAUUUAUGUAAAGGAAUUUCUCGCUGAUUAACUUUUUUGUCACAUUAAACCUGUAAUUAUA